AUGCGCAGCCGUGCAGAACAUAAUUACACCUUUUUAGAACCUGUAAAAGAUGGAUCAAGGCUGCCAUGGCGGAGUGUAAGCACGCUUGCAUAUACAAGUUUGGCGACAAUAGCAGCAACUACAGGACGUGUAUUGGCACGUCCGGAGAGAAAACCUAUGAAUGGAAGUAAAACAGUGGCACAGAUGCCAAUGGGGAUGCAGGAAGGACAAGAAGAAGAAAAAAUGAAGAUGCAGCGCCGAUGUAUAGGUUUGCAUGGGGGAAGAUGGGGGACAGUGUCUCUAACGUCAUUAUCUACAAUGACAUCGGGGGUACAUGUGGUGCCAAGUGUGUCGUUACGGAAAUGGGGCAAGGAACAUGCUCUUCAGCACCGAGAAUUGGCGCUGAAUAUGUCUCAGGGAUAUGAUGUUAAACAUAUAACAUCAUGGAAGCCAUAUUUUGGUUCUUCUGAGGGGAGGAAGAAGUCUUUUUCUAGAUCGUCGAAAACAAUGAUUCGUCAGUUGUACCCGUUCAAAUCAAAGCGCCCGGUACCCUGUUUGGUGCCGAUUUCUGAUGUGGAUAAUCAACGUCCUUGUUCCAUUUUUAGCAUGGAUAGUGUUUGUGAGUUUUCAAACGAUAGUAUGGUUUUUUCGGAUCCUGAAUUUGUUUCGUAUAAAUAUUCUGCAUCAUCGUCUCUAAUACCUUCGUUAAUUAUGAAGGAUAUACCGUUGAAUGUUUACGCUAUGCGCAAAAAUGAAAAAUCUGUGUUUAAUAAGGAUGUCUAUAUGGAUGAAAAGUGCAACGUUCGGGUUGAUCAAAUUUUCGAGAUCAUUAAUCCAUUAAAUAAGCUUGCGAUUAAUGAUAAAGAGGUUUAUGAGUGUUCACAAUUAUCGAAUAAACAAUUAUUUUGCCCUGUUUAUAGUUUUUCAGAUGAAAAUCUUUUUAAUAAAACGGAAUCGUUGCAUCACAAUACUCGUAAAAACCUUGAUAAUACAUCAAACGAUAUUUUAUGGGAUAAUUUCAACGAAAUUGAGCAUACUGAUCAGAAAAAAACAUUUGAGUCUUUUGCAUCUACAAACAUGUUUUUAAUGAAUGAAAGAGUACCGAGUUUUUAUUCACAACAUAAGGAAUUUGAAUGGAAUAAAGAGUAUAUAAAAGAAGAGUCGAAUGAAGCAUGGGAUGAAGAUUUCGAUACGGAUCUUAUUAUACCGAUAGAUAUUGCUAAACGACAAGAUGCUAUUAGGAGUCAUCUUGGUAGUAUACGAAAAUUUGCAUCAUUAAUUGAAGAUUUGAAAGAUUUAAGAAAAAUUGCACAGAAAGAGGGAGAUAAUGAUGAAAUAUGGCCAGAAGUAGAAGCAAUUAUUGCAUUAGGAACUUUGGAAAAUGAUGUUUCGGAUAUGCAUGAACAUGAUUCCCUAAAUAAUUCAUCUGUUGAUGAAAAACAAGAUAUGUUUAGAGAAGUUAUUAUGAGAGCUAUAGGGAAACAGUUUCCUACUGAUGAACCAAUCGGUUUAAGUCCAGAUAACUUGUCAGGGUUUGUUAAUUAUGCAAGUUUGUUAAAAGAAAAAUGUCAAGGAAUUGUCGACCUUGUUCACACUUUUUCUAAUAUUACUCAUCAGGAUGUUUAAAAAUACUUAUUUGUGUUUUUCAAU